AGAGCUCUGCUCCAUGUCUGUGUCCCAGGAAACCAGCAUGUACAGCACCUGAGCUGUGCCCCUGAUUCUAUACUACAAACUGAUUUCCAUGUUGGUUUUAAGUCUGCUUUCAAAACAAGUCAGUGUGUGCUCUAAUACUGCUUUAAAAAUCCUGAGUAUCACUGCACAGAGGAAUAGAGGAACUGCUAACAGCUGCAAAACAUUAAAACAAAUCACAGAUGGUGGCGAGACACGACAGAAAUGUCUUGGAAGAGGAAAUGCAUAUUAAAUCUUUGGGGAAAGCUUUUUCUCUGUCCUGCAGGAUGGAGGCAUGUAUGGUGAAGCCAGAAGUCAAAAAGAAACCAAAGCCGCCUAAACCUCCUCCAAAGCCUGCUGAGGUUAAAAGAAAUGACCCAGAGAAACUGGAGAGACCUACUCCUGUGCUGCCUCAAAGACCUACAGACUCUGAGCUAAGUCACACACAAUACAGACUGAAAAAAUCAGCAGCAACAACAAACAAAGCGGCCAAUGGAAAUUUACCACAAAGAGACACAAAAGAGAAGCUGCCUGAAACUCCUGUGGUUCCACCCAGACCCACAGAAAAGGAACUGAACGCCUCGAGCAGAUCCAGCCACCGCAGGAGGGCGCAGGCCGAGGACACCAAAAGCUCCAAAGAAAAUGACAAACCAGAGGAUGCUGAAGGUCCCAAAGAUGAAGCAGACUUCAAACAGAAUAAUCCAUCGGGCCUGGGUGGAAUGUUAUGGCGGAGCCAAAAAGAGAAAACACCUACUUUCACUAGUUAUGUGCUUGACGACAGUGACGAACGGGAAAAGCCUGGUGAUGUCCCGGCCAAACAGGCUCCUGGCAGCAAACCGGGCGUUCUGAAGGGAAUGAUGAAAGGUUUGCAAUUCAAGUCGUCACCAAAGACCAGCAGAGAUCCGAGUCCAGUUCCCAGCACAGAAGGAGUCUCAGAUAAGGAACAACCAGCAGAGAAAAACAAGCAAGAGAAAAAUACAGAACCCAAACAGGAUAUAGGAGGUCUGUUCACUGGGAUGUUUCGGAAAACACCCAAAGAGAGAUUGUCUCCUCAACCGACGGUCAGCAGAACAGACAGUGAUGCUGAAGAUGCUGAGGAAGAGGAGAAAACAUCUGAACAGUCCCAUGAAAAAGGAGGCUUCUUUUCUGGUGUCCUUAAAAAAUCCAGCAAACCAGCAGAUGAGACACCUGCACAGGAGAAUCUGAGUGCUAACAGCAAGCUGUCGGCCAGCAGUGACAGUCUGUCUGAGAACAGCAACAAGGAAAAAGGAGGACUAUUCAGUGGGAUGUUCAGGAAGUCUCCAAAACCAACAGAUGCUCCUCAGACUGACGAGGACCAACAGUCUCUGCAUGAUGAUCUGUCGGGCAGUAAUGAUAAUCUGUCUGAAAACUCAAAGGAAAAGGGAGGAUUUUUCGGCGGGAUUCUCAGAAAAUCUCCAAAGAUUCCUGGAGAGGGGCAGGUCUCAGAGUCGUUGCACGGUGAAUUCCCUGCCAGCACUGACUGUCUAAUGGAGAACAAGGAGAAAGGUGGUUUGUUCAGUGGACUCCUCAAAAAGACGCCCAAAACAACUGGAGAGGAGAAUCUGUCAGCACAGAAAAAAGAUCUUUCAGCCAGUAAUGACAGUCUGUCUGAGGCCGCCAACACCAAGGAGAAGGGAGGUGCGUUCAGUGGAAUGUUCAAGAAGUCGUCCAAACUUGCAGACGGUCCUCCCACUGAGGAGGAAAAACAGAUGCAAGACGAUGAGUGGUCAGGCAGCAGUGAAGGUCUGUCUGAGAACAACACCAAGGAAAAAGGACUAUUUAGUGGAAUAUUCAAAAGGUCGCACAAACCGACAGAAGCUGCUCAACCUGAGGAGAAUGAGUCCUCUGAGGAUGAGCUCUCAGCCAGUUAUGAAAAUUUGGCAGAGAACAAACAGGAGAAAGGUGCGGGGCUGUUCAGUGGACUCCUCAAAAAGACUCCAAAAGCGUCAGGAGAAAGGAAAGCGUCACCGGAAAGAGAGACUCAGGGUGAGCUGUCGGCCAGCACUGACGACCUGUCUGAGAACAACACUACCAAGGAGAAAAAUAUUUUCAGCAACAUGUUUAAGAAGCAGCAGAAGCCAGCAGAGGGCGCUGCAGCUGAAAAGGAGCAGGAGGAAAACAGUGAAAAUCAGUUAUCUGGCAGCUGUGAGAAUCUGAAUGACACAGCCGUCGUGAAGGAGAAAAAAGGAGGCCUGGCCGGCAUAUUCAAAAGAUCAGCCAGCAUCGACAACCUGUUUGAUGAGGAGAAAGGACUGUUCAGUGGCCUUAAGAAGAAAACACCCAAAGUGUCUGGAGAUGAUGCAGCUGCAGAGGACAAAGACGAGCUCUUUGCAAGUGACGAGAGUCUGCCUGAGAACACUAACACCAAGGAGAAAAGUAUUUUCAGCGGGAUGUUUAAGAAGGCUCAUAAACCAGCAGAGGGGACGACAGAUGAGGAAUCAAACACAGGCAAUUCUAACAAAUUAUCUGCCAGCUGUGAGAAUCUGUUGGAGGCAAACGCAUCAAAGGAGAAGACAGGAGGAUUUGCAGGGAUCUUCAAAAAGUCUCCCAAACCAGCUCCACGCUCUGUCGUUACUAAGGAUCCACUCAGUAACUCAAAGGAACUGUCCGCCAGCUGGGACAGUCUCGCAGACGCUGCUGAGGAGGAUCUGUCAGCACACGGUGAAUUGUCUGCCAGUACUGAAAACCUUUGUGAAGCUACAAGCACUGCAAAGGAGAAAAAAGUAGGGUUUGGUGGGAUGUUCAGGAGGACGCCCAAAACUGUGGAACACCAGGAAAGCGAGGACAUGGAGGCACCAGAGGGAGGUGGGCUGAGACGCAGGAGGACGAUCAAGAAGAAAAGACGAGUCGUGUCAUUCCGAGUGAAGAAAACUCUUCCCAAACUACCCAAACUUAAUUCAUCCUCACAGACUUCUGAUAAGAUGCCUGUCAUAGAGGAGACUGUGGAGCUGCAGGAGCUGAACCCAGCACAGAACCUUACAGAUGUUACAGCUGAGGGCACAGUGGACUUCCAGCCUGUGGAGAUGGCAGCUUACCCAACUGAAGAUAACCCUCUUGAAUAUGGGCAGGAAACUGAUGAACUGAUGCAGUGGUGGAACUCUGUAAAAGGUUGGACUGAGUGGAACGAGACAUCCAAUUUCCAGGAGGAGGAUGAGGAUACGGCUAUGGAGCAGGCAGCUGAUCGUGUCUACAUGGCAGCUCGCCUCUUCGUGCAUCUCUUCAACCAGCGCGGUGCCUCCUUACAACACUGCAUCCUGGAGCUUUUGGCCCUGGCCGACGCCGCGGAUCAGUUCCACAAGAAAACAGUGACGGCUGCUGUGGGUGGGGGGGUGGCCAGUGUUGCAGGCAGCGUGGCUACAAUCACAGGGCUCAUUCUGGCACCUUUCACCUUCGGUGCCUCUAUUAUUGUCACGGCGGUGGGGAUCGGGGUGGCGACGGCAGGCAGCAUCACUUCAGCGACGGCUAAUAUCACAGACACAGUUCACUCCAACAUGGACAGGAAGAAGGUGGAGAAGAUGAUCCAGGGCUACCAGGACGAGAUCAAAGACAUCAGGGAGUGUUUGGAGUUCAUGCAGGAAGGUAUGGACACUCUGCAGGAGUGGGACUUUGAGAAAUACUCUCAGAGUGCUGCCAAAAAGGCCCUGAACCACAACAUUAAACAUGUGAUGAAGGAGGGUGGCCGUGCUGGGAAAGCCCUGAUGAUCAACACUGACAAACUCAUCAGCACCGUGCAGAUUCUGGGCGCUGCAGGCGGUGCUGCCAAAGCCGCCCAGGCCAUCAGCGUCACCACGGGGGUCAUGUCGGCCCUCUUCCUGGCUCUGGAUGUUUUCUUCCUUGCCAAAGAUUCCCACGAGCUCCGCAAAGGCGCCAAAACCAAAUUCGCCACCAAGAUCAGGGAGGUGUGUAAAGACCUUCAAGACGGUCUCCUGGAGCUGAACAAGGUGAAAACACAGCUGCAGAAAACCAUGGACGGCAUCGAGGUGGAGGAGUAUGAGGAGGUCGAGGAGGUGGAGGUGGAGGUCGAAGACGACUUGGAGUCUGAUCCGAAGAAACUGGCCGAGCUGGAGCAGGAGCUAGACCUCCUGGAGGAGAAACUGGACAAGAAGAUUGAGGAAGAGCAGAAGAAGAAUAAAGAGAUGGAAGGAGAAAAUCUGAAAAGUAAGAAAGAGACAAAGGAGGAGAAGAGCAUGAAGGAGAAAGGAGAUCCAGAGAAACAGAAGGAGGAGGAGGAGAAAAUGGGAGAAAAUGAUGCAAAGAAAGAGGUAAAGGAGGAGAGUAAGAAGGAAAAAGACAAAGGAGAAAGAAAAUUUGAGUCUGCAUUAGAGGAACUACCUGAGGAGGAAAGAGAGCAGAAUAAGGAGAAAACUGGCAAAGCAGCUAAAGAGGAAGGUUUAAAAGAACAGUCUCAGAAAGGAAGCAAAAAAGACAAAGAAACUGAGAACCGCAUAACUGCUGGGAAAGAAGAACAUGAGAGCAAGCGAGACAAGGCAAAGACAGAUGUAAAACAGAAGAGGGUGGAUGCAGAACAGGAUGAACCUGCGAGUAAAUCGGAUGAUACAAAACGAGGAAAGCCGAGGUCAGAACGGGUCAAAACUGAGAGUCAAAGAAGCAAGAGCAGCAGAGAGGAUGAAAGAGGAGUAAAGCAUGAGUGGAAUUCAGUGACUAAACAGAAAGAGGUGGAAAGUGUCAGGAGGCACAGCAGCAGGAGUGAGCAUGACAGAGAAAGAGGGGGUAAACAUGAAACAAGAGAAACUGAUAAGGAGAGACUCCCCAAAAAAGAAAGUGACGGGACAGAGAGCCCGAGGAGGACAGAGGAGGAGAGAGGAGUAAAAGACUGGAGGGCUGAGAUGGCAAAAAGUAGAGAGCAGAGGAAAGAAAGUAAAGAGGGAAGAGAAUCUAAGAGAGAGACACAGAGAGGGACGAAACAAGAUGAUCACGGAAAAAGCGAGGUGAGGAGAGAGUCACAUCGAGGUCAUGAGACGGGGAGGAGGGAGAAAGAGUGGGGGAGGAGCAGGGAGGAGUCAGACUCACAGAGGAGUCACCACAGGAGAGGAACAGCUCCGCAUGAUGAGAAACAGGGGAGCAGGCUUGAGAGCGCGAGGAGGCAGUUUGAAAAAGCAGGGGGUGAGGAGGCAGGGGAGGAGGAGGAGGAGAGGAGGAGGAGAAGGGAGGAUGGAGGGGGUAGUCGGAGGAGGGACAAGGAUAGGAGAGGAAGUGACAGAGAGCACAAACACAGCCACAGAGGAUCUCGAUCUGGAUCCAGCGCUCUGCUGGAAGAUGGACUGUACAUUUAGUUUUAAUGGACGAGGACAAAGUUAUUCCAUAUUUUCUUUAUUGUGAACAACUCGCAUGAAAAGACUGAAAUCAACAAGGUGUUAAUCCAUCGAUCGGUACUUGGAGGCAGCAGGAUGGUGUAUGUGGAUUCACUUUGGAAGUUCAGCAGUAAAGUCUCUACUGCAUGUUAACUGACAGAGUAUUCAGCUUUAAUGCACAGAAGAAAUGAUGAGACAGAGGCUGCUGAACUGAAUGCACUGGCAGGAGGAGAGCAGCAGUCGGCAGAAUCAGCAGCAGAGAAUCGCUGCUCUGACAAUAAAUAAGUACCCAAAAAACACAUGAAAGCAGCCCAAGUGCUGUGAUGCCUAAAUCAAUAAUCAGUCAUGUUAUUCUGUCUAAACACAAUAAAAACAACGGUAGCCAACAGUUGGCAGAUCCUGCAAAGCUGCAACCUGUGGCAUCUGUAAACUCUAAAUAAUAACUUUAUAUCAUUAAUGUCAGCUGUGUCAUGAACUCUUCUCAGCAGGGAGGAUUAAAUGUCCUCUGUUUUAUUGAAAAGGAGGAUUUUUAUCUAGUAUCUAGCCAGUUUUUAUAUUUCGCCUUCCCUGUUAAAUACGACAGGGUGAUGGAAUUGUAAUGUCUGUAAUUAAAUCAUCUGUUCAGUGUCUGUUUUUCCUUAUAUCAUCUGUUUUUCACUCGGUGCACUUUAACCUCUCUGUCUCUGCUCUCAGGUUUAACGUCAGUCGUAACCACUGGAAUAUGGUGCAACAGUGCACUUUGUCUUUUAUCUGAUGUUUUAUAUCUUUACUGUUUGUAUUUUUAUAUGGGUAAACAUUAUUUCUACGGUGCUAGUUUCUUACCGAACAAAUAAAUUAUUAGAGUAAUUGAAACAUGAUCUUGUUAUGAUGCUGUUGUUUAACUGUUGAGUCAAUGGUGCAGCAGUGAUAAACAGGGAUAAAUGGGAAUACAGGGAGUAGAAUGAGUCAGUAAAGUUACCUCCACAACAAAGUAUACAAGCUUUUUACUUUAAAAAUAAUGCUAAUUAUUAUAGAAUUAUUAUUCUGUGCUAAACAGAAACAUGAAAAUAAAUUGUCCGUCUGGUUUUGGGACUUUAAAAACACAGAUAACGUGACUGAAGACUUUCUGUGGUGUUCUGGGUCAUAAUCACCACUGGGGAGCAGCAGAGGGCUGAACCAGGAGUGUGUUAAAGUACGGCUAUCAUUUCGUAAAUUACCUCUGUAACACAACUUGCUUUAAUAGUUUUUACUCUAUUUCUGUACUUAAGUAUAAUUUGGAUGAAUACUUGUACUUAUUAUUUCUAUUUUAUAUUUCCACUUCAGUACAUUUACCUGACAGUUAUAUUUAUGUUUCAAAUCAA